UAAAUUUUCCUCGGCGGGAUUAAAGUUGGAAAUUGAGCGGAGAAUUGAGUUGUCCGGAAACAGAGCUGCGGCCGCCGCCAGAGCGAUGUUCCCGCAGAGCCGGCACCCGACGCCGCACCAGGCUGCAGGCCAGCCCUUCAAGUUCACUAUCCCGGAGUCCCUGGACCGGAUUAAAGAGGAAUUCCAGUUUCUGCAGGCCCAGUAUCACAGCCUUAAAUUGGAAUGUGAGAAGCUGGCAAGUGAAAAGACAGAAAUGCAGAGGCACUAUGUUAUGUAUUAUGAAAUGUCUUAUGGAUUAAACAUAGAAAUGCAUAAACAGACUGAAAUCGCCAAGAGAUUGAAUACAAUUUGUGCACAAGUCAUUCCAUUUCUGUCUCAGGAACAUCAACAACAGGUGGCCCAGGCCGUCGAGCGUGCCAAACAGGUGACCAUGGCAGAGUUGAAUGCCAUCAUCGGGGUACGUGGCCUUCCAGGUCUACCUCCUACACAGCAGCAGUUGCAAGCUCAACAUCUUUCUCACGGCCAUGGACCCCCAGUGCCCCUAACGCCUCACCCCUCGGGACUUCAGCCUCCUGGCAUCCCGCCCCUCGGGGGCAGUGCUGGCCUCCUGGCACUGUCUAGUGCUCUGAGUGGGCAGUCUCACUUGGCAAUAAAAGAUGACAAGAAGCACCAUGAUGCAGAGCACCACAGAGACAGAGAACCGGGCACAAGUAAUUCCCUCUUGGUCCCAGACAGUCUAAGGGGCACAGAUAAACGCAGAAAUGGGCCUGAAUUUUCCAAUGACAUCAAAAAAAGAAAGGUGGAUGACAAGGACUCCAGCCACUAUGACAGCGAUGGUGACAAAAGCGAUGACAACUUAGUUGUGGAUGUGUCUAACGAGGACCCUUCUUCUCCGCGAGCAAGCCCUGCCCAUUCACCCAGGGAAAACGGGAUCGACAAAAACCGUCUGCUGAAGAAAGAUGCUUCUAGCAGCCCAGCAUCCACAGCCUCCUCGGGAAGCUCCACUUCUUUGAAAUCCAAAGAAAUGAGCUUGCAUGAAAAAGCCAGCACGCCUGUUCUGAAAUCCAGCACACCGACGCCUCGGAGCGACAUGCCAACGCCGGGCACCAGCGCCACUCCAGGACUCCGUCCAGGCCUCGGCAAGCCUCCAGCCAUGGACCCCCUCGUUAACCAAGCCGCGGCCGGCCUGAGGACGCCGCUGGCGGUGCCCGGCCCGUACCCUGCCCCGUUCGGGAUGGUGCCCCACGCCGGCAUGAACGGGGAGCUGACCAGCCCCGGCGCUGCCUACGCCAGCCUGCACAACAUGUCCCCGCAGAUGAGCGCGGCCGCCGCCGCCGCCGCCGUGGUGGCCUACGGGCGCUCCCCGAUGGUUGGGUUUGAUCCUCCCCCUCACAUGAGAGUACCUACAAUCCCUCCCAACCUGGCAGGAAUCCCUGGGGGGAAACCUGCAUACUCCUUCCACGUCACCGCGGAUGGUCAGAUGCAGCCCGUCCCUUUCCCCCCCGACGCCCUCAUCGGACCCGGCAUCCCCCGCCACGCGCGCCAGAUCAACACCCUGAACCACGGGGAGGUGGUGUGCGCGGUGACCAUCAGCAACCCCACGAGACACGUGUACACGGGCGGGAAGGGCUGCGUCAAGGUCUGGGACAUCAGCCACCCCGGCAACAAGAGCCCCGUGUCUCAGCUCGACUGUCUGAACAGAGAUAACUACAUCCGUUCCUGCAAAUUGCUCCCUGAUGGUUGCACCCUCAUCGUGGGAGGGGAAGCCAGCACUCUGUCCAUCUGGGACCUGGCGGCUCCGACCCCGCGCAUCAAGGCGGAGCUGACGUCCUCGGCCCCUGCGUGCUACGCCCUGGCCAUCAGCCCCGACUCCAAGGUCUGCUUCUCGUGCUGCAGUGACGGCAACAUCGCGGUCUGGGACCUGCACAACCAGACGCUGGUGAGGCAAUUCCAGGGCCACACAGAUGGGGCCAGCUGUAUUGACAUUUCUAAUGAUGGCACCAAGCUCUGGACGGGCGGCCUGGACAACACGGUCAGGUCCUGGGACCUGCGCGAAGGGCGGCAGCUACAACAGCAUGACUUCACCUCACAGAUAUUCUCCCUUGGAUACUGCCCAACUGGGGAGUGGCUGGCCGUGGGCAUGGAGAGUAGCAAUGUGGAAGUUCUUCAUGUAAACAAACCCGACAAGUACCAGCUGCAUCUCCAUGAGAGCUGUGUGCUGUCCCUCAAAUUUGCUUAUUGUGGUAAAUGGUUUGUGAGUACUGGCAAAGACAACCUCCUCAAUGCUUGGCGGACCCCCUACGGAGCUAGUAUAUUCCAGUCCAAAGAGUCCUCGUCCGUGCUUAGCUGUGACAUCUCUGUGGAUGAUAAGUACAUAGUCACUGGCUCAGGGGACAAGAAGGCUACAGUCUACGAAGUCAUCUACUGAAAACAUUAUGUGGUUUCACAUUUAUAGUUGAAUUGGGCCAAAAUGUUUUGAAUUUGUAGAAAUAGAAAAGUUGUAAUUUUAAAAGGAAAAAAAAAACAACAACGUGAAAACCUAUUUCCAAACUUUGACACAAAACUACUUUGAGUCUAUAAAGAGGAGGCGAUGAGUCCAUCAACUGAAGGUCACCUAUCUACCUAGACCAAACGGAGCACCGAGGCAAAGUGGGCAGAGGGGCCAAGGGGUAGGCAGAGCCUGUUUUGUUUUUUUUUUCUUUCUGUGUGAUCUGCCGAGAUUACCUUUCUGUUCCUUGCAGUUCCCCUCAAUGUUCUGUGCUUGGUAGAGCAGUGGUGUCUCCAAUGAACUUGUUUCUUGGUUUUGCAUCUUGUGAAAUGUUUUUUUGUAUUUUUGUUGAAGGUUAAACAUUUGUAUAAAUUGUAAAUAUAUUUGGUUUAUUACAGUAAAGGCUUUAGUACCAAUAA